UAUUAUUGUCUCACUUACUAUUUAUUAACUACCUUUAGAUAUAGUAGUUGUGAUUUAAUCACUCUCUAUAUAUUCAGCUUCCGCAACACCCAUUGCCUCGCUUUAGAUCUGUAGGCGGUGGAAGUAUAUAGAGUAAGAUGAAAAAGGGAGUAGUUUGGAACUCUGCAGCUGCAUAGUUGCUGAGAAACUUGUGACUUGUUUUAAGACCAUCUACCCUUAAUGACAACUGUGGUGAAACUUCAGAUAAUUUGAGCAUUUUGACGUGUUAUCAUUAAGUCAUUAGUGAGGAAAGGGAUGGACCAGACUCUAAAUUCUUGGUGUUCCUAACUUCCUAUGGAGAAUUUGUACCAAACACUUCAGCCUAAAGAGAAUGAGCAACAAUGGAAUGAGAGGAUGAGGUGCCUCGGGGCUUCUCGGUCCUUAAAUCAGAUAAUCCUUGUGAUGGGGGGAGUUUGUGGAGCAGUAUGGCUUUCUAUCUUUUCAGUGUGCACGUCCCUUUGAGUUUUGGCGGCUUAUCUGCUGUUACCAGUAUAUUGCAUUGUUCAGCUCUUGAUCCACAGACCGAGGCAUUAUCCUUAGUUGCACUUCAGACGUUAGAGCUUAUCGGCGUUCUGCUUCUUUUAAGAUGUCCUGGGAAGCCCCAAUACAAGCUUCGUGAUUUCUUUCAAGAGAAGCGAUCAGCAAAAGAAAGGAACUGGUUAUUUGUGUCAGCUCUUGGCUUUGGGUUCCUGGUUCUGUUGGUUUUCACCACUUCAAUUAUUGUUGACUGGUUGAUAGGUACCAAGGAAGUCAACAAUCCAAUCUUGAAGGAAAUUCUUUCGAGUGGACCAAUCUCGAUAACAUCAUGCAUCCUGGUCUACUGUAUCAUCACCCCCUCGCUAGAAGAAAUUGUGUACAGAGGGUUCUUCUUGACUGCUCUUUCCUCCACAAUGAAAUGGCAGCAAGCAGUCAUUGUUAGCUCAGUUGUUUUUAGUGCAGCUCACUUCUCUGCUGAAAAUUUCAUACAGUUGUUCAUCAUAGGCUUAAUCCUUGGAUGCUGUUACUGCUGGAGUGGAGACUUAAGGUCUUCUAUUAUAAUUCAUUCAUUGUACAAUGCAUUAACCUUAUUAAUAACAUAUGCAUCAUGAGUUGUUGAUUUU